AUGUAGAAAUGGCGUAGCAAAGUGUUGAUUUGUUUUUACAUUUUGUAAAUAAUUGUGAUUUAAAUUAGACGCAAAUCCAUACGAUUUAAGCAUUUUUGUAUAGGUUUAAGUACUUAACUAUUUUAAUGUUUGUUGUGUGUAAGUUAAUUUUCAUAUCAACGGUAGCCUACUUUUGAUGGCGAUUUUGUCCCCGAGUCUAUGAAUAAAAAUAUCUAUUUUUUGUAAUCGUGGUCGAUUAUGUUUCUACGCACAAUGAGUUUAGUACGAGAUAAUACAGAAAUGGGGUCGAAAAGCACUUCAAGCCAUCGGAGUCAUUCAGCUCAAGGUCUAGCCAGUAAUGUUUCUAGUCCUUGCAUGAAAAUACCGUUGCCACCUCGAUUAUGGAUUACAGAUAUAGAAGAUGAAUCGUCAGAUGAGAUAAGCAGUGUUCGUGAAGAUGGGAUCUUGCCCGUAGAAAGGUCAAGAGUGAGGUCUCGGUACAGACAUCAUAAACAGAAAACAACAAAUAAUAUACCUGUUGGAAUAUUUUGGGAUAUCGAAAAUUGUCAGGUUCCCCGUGGCUGUUCAGCAAUAGAUGUUGUGGCAGCAAUUCGAGCCAAGUUUCUUGUUGGACGACGGGAAGCUGACUUUGUUGUUGUCUGUGAUGUGCGCAAGGAAUCAGUUCAUAGACUUCAAGAACUCAAUGAUUCUCAAGUAAGUUUAAUACAUGUGUGUGGAACACAAAAGAAUGCAGCUGAUGAAAAACUAAGACAAUGCAUGAGAAGAUUUGGAGAGUUGCAUCCUGCACCAGCAUCUUUGCUUUUAAUAUCGGGAGAUAUUAAUUUUGCUGCAGACCUGAGCGAUUUUAGACACAGGAAAAAUAUGGAAGUGAUAUUGGUGCAUAAACAGAAUACUUCAUCAGCAUUAAUAGCCUGUGCCUCAUCCCACUAUUGUUAUAAUGACUUGACGGCCCACCUUCCAAGGAAUCCAAAGAUAAGCCAAACUGAAGAUGAUGAACCGCCAACUUGUGAAAUGGAGGUGCUGAACUUGCCAGUGGAUCAGCCUCCGGAGAGAGUAUCCAGGAGGCUACGAAGACUUGCCGAUAAUUGCGGGGGGAAGGUUCUUAGAGUAACAGCGUCUACGGCCAUGAUGAAGUUCCCAACACCUGAUCAUGCUUCUAGAGCACUAAAGCGCAUGGACGGCGAGGAUGUGUUCGGGCGUAAGAUCGGCACGCGGUACGUGCGCAGCGCGCUGCAGCCGGCGUACUCGAGCGACGAGGGGUACAGCACCGCGCCGCAGCAGCCCGCGCGCCCGCAGUUCACACCCGUGCAGGUCACGCAAGUGAGCAUGGAGGCGGAGCGCACAGCGGCGAGCGAGUGGGCGCUGGCGCUGCAGCAGCUGCCGGCGCCGACUCCGCCGCCGCUCGACUUCUGCCCGCCGCCCGCGCCCAAGCCGAGGAAGAUUAGGGGCACGCACGGUUCAGCGUCGCUCGACCGCUCCGCGUGCUCGUCGAGCAACAGCUUCGACGACAGCCGCCGCGAGCUGAGCGCGAGCCGGGCGGUGUCGCCGUGGAACUCGUCGGCCAGCUUCAGCGAGCAAAGCACGGAGGGCGAUGAGUGCGCUGCGGAGCUCACAGUGGCCAACCUGCCGCCCUACGAGCCGGUCGUGUUGCAGGAGAUGUUAAUAAAACUGUUCAAUCAGUACGUGCCAGUGGUGCGCGUGUCAGUAUGGGCGGCUGGGGACGGGCCGCAAGCCACGGUCGUGCUGCGCUCGGAGGGCGACGCGCGGCUCGCCAUAGCGCGCGUGCACAAGCGGCGCCUCGACAACCAGUGGGCGGGGCGCAGGCUCGAACUGUCCCUGGGGAGACCCUCCCCAGCACCCAACCUAGAUGUGCUCAGAGCCAGACUCCGCGCAAUACUCCUAGAUCAAACGAACCACACGCUCCCGCUCCUACGUUUACGUGACGCGUACGCAAGCCGCCACUGCUGCGCCCUAACCACCUCGGACAUAGCCAAAGUUAGAGAUACAGUCAUCAUACACGAGGGAUACGGCCGUGUAGUGCAAUUGGUGGAUUUCACGCCCGUCACUAGUACGGAAAUGGAGGAGGCACCGUGGAAAUGCCACAUCCAUGCAGUGAUGAAUACGGGACACGAUGAUGGCAGCCGCAUCUUGCAGCCGGUGUAUAUUGAAGUAGCAGUGCUGGCUAAGAAUACUCAGAUGUUGUUGGAGAGUCAUGGUGGAAUCUUGCCUUUGUUGAGUUUCGUCGAGUGUUACGAAGCAAUGUUCCCGCCGCUGCUGUGCGACGCAAGGAAUGGAGUUGCCUUGGAACUAUUGUUGCGUAGCAUUACUGCUGUGGAAGUUAAGGAUAGCCCUUCGCGUCAUCUCACUUGGGCUUCGGCACCCGCUUGCAUUGAUAAUAGCGACGUGUCCCGCUGCAGCGCGGAGCGGGAGCGGGAGCGCGGGCGCACGGCGCAGGCGCUGGAGCCGAUGCUGGCGCUGUUCGAGCGCGAGCUCAUCGACCUGCUGCGCACCGCGCCCAAGUGCUCCAUACCGUUUAGCAAGUUAAUUCCGGCAUUUCACCAUCAUUUUGGGCGCCAAUGCCGCGUUGCUGACUAUGGGUUCACUAAGCUGCCGGAUUUACUGUCCGCUUUAAGCAAAACUAUCGUGGUCCUCGGAUCGGGCUCGUAUCGCGUGAUUACGAUAUCAGCUGCCGCACAAAAUCGCCGCUGGACCUCGGACCUUGUGAAAGUUCUCAAAGCUCAACCGGGUCGCACAAUAUACGCUCACGACAUACCGCAACUGUACCAAGCUACGAUCGGACGUCCGUUCACACCCGUCGACUACGGGGUGUGCACGCUCGAAGAGCUGAUGGACAGAGUGCUUCCUGGAAGCGUUAUCAUCAGCUCAGAUGGAUCAAUAUCCCUUCCUCGUAGAACACCGACGGCCGAAGAACGCGCCAGAACCGUUCAAUUCGCAGCACAAGCAGUGGAACUUCUCUGCCACGCGCCUAAUUUCCGCAUGGAGUUCUCACGUUUCGUACCCGCCUACCACGCACAUUUUGGAAGACAGUUGCGCGUCGCACACUACGGUUGUGUCAAAUUGGUGGAGCUCUUCGAAUUAAUACCAGAGAUGGUGACAGUUUACUGCGAAUCAACUGGAGAACGCAGUGUGAGAUUGGCCACCCCACUAGCACGUUCUGUUAUGGCGCAGCGCCUCAGAGAUUUCUCCCCGAUAGCUUUGUCAGCGCUGUCCGCGCGUUACGUGUCACAGUACGGCGCUCCGAUACAACCUGAUAUUUUGGAAGUGAAUUCGCUCGAAGCGCUCGUAUACGCCGCUGGAGGUCGUAUAGAGGGUGGAGUGAUUAGAAUGGCGGAUGAAAAUUGUUCAUGGGUGAAUGCCGCACUUGCAGCUUGCGCUGUAUUAUCGGCUGAUAGAAGCGUAGCCCGUGGCUCCACUGAAGAGUAUUUCGUUAAUGCGUUCACUCAGCUGAGUGGUAUUGAGCCGGAUUUGAAGGAGCUUCUGAGUUCCGGUGUGAUCGAGAUAUCGGAGCGCUAUGUACGUUUAUCGUCACUGUGGCGUGUGGUGUGGCGCGUCACUACGAUCCUGUCGGAUCGCUCGCGUCCCAUUCCGGCGAUGGAAAUAUUUUUGGAGUACACGAAACGAUAUGGGCCGUCGUUCCCCAAGGCCGAAUUGGGUGUGGACGCAGUUAUCGAGUUCCUCCAAUCACAAAGCAGCGUGUUCGCAUCGGAAGGCGGUCAGUGGCGCGUGCGUGUGGGCGUGCGCGUGCCGCCGCGACGUGACGUCACACACGCGCGUGCGUUGCCGCAGGAGGACUACUCGGUGUACGACACGCCGCCCGGACAGAAGGGGUCGCGCGUUUUCGAAUCUCCGAAAACCAAUAUAUGGUCGUCUCCGCCGGCCAGCGCACUACCUCAGCCAACAGCUUUACUUACUCAAGAUAAACGUCGCACGCGCCUGGCUGCCCAGUUCGAUGCGGCGUGAUAUAUCAUUCCCAAAGUAUUACUAUAGUUAAGAGAACGCAUUCCCUUCCAGUAUGUUUCCUCUGUGUGAUGUUUGUAUGUGUUCAGUCCACUUUGCCAACGUUUAUAUUAGAAGGGCUGCAACGAAUUUUAUCAACAAGACAAAUAUAUGUCCUAAGAAUGUGAUGUCUAUAACAAUAACGUUUUAGAUUGUGUAUAUUUUUGUGUGUUUAUUUAGGUUAAGUAACGCAUUCGAGAGAUGUUACAGUGCUACGGGGGAUCGAUAUGAAAUUCGAAAAUUAGAUUUAAUGGAUUGCAUUUUAAAAAUAUUACAUACACCUUUUUAUACGAUGUUUUACCACUACAUUAUUAUUUUUAUUUAUAAUUUCGUUAAUAUGUUAUUUUACAUUUUGACACUGACCCAUUUAAUAGAAAAUAAGUAUUUUUUUUGUACAUACUAUAAUUUUAUUAUUAGUUACUGUAUUUUAUCAACCGACAUAUCGUUUAAAUCAUAUGCUCAAUGUUUUAUAUUAUACAUAAGAAAUGAAUUUAAAGGGCACUUGUAACAUUUAACGAAUGCUCACGUAAAGUACAAUAAUCAUACAAAACGUUAAUUUAAUUUGUAAAAAUUAUCCUUUGAUAUAUGAUCUCCAUUAUUUCUAUAGAUGCUUUAUUUAAUAUAUUGGCUUUAAAUGCGUGACUCGUUUAGAAUUUUAUUUGGUGACUGUUAAAUUAUAAUAAUCGUUAUUCCAAUUUUCUAAUCGAAUAUAAGGAAUAUCAUAAUUCGAAUUUAUAAUUUUAGAUAAAAAAUGUAUAUUUUAUAUAUUGUCGAAAUGUAUACUAUACGCCCUGUUGAAUAAGUUAUAAUCCAUGUGUUUUGAGCCAAUAAUUCUCGAAACUUGCGUUAGUAUCCGCUUUUAUAUGUAUUACUGCCUGGGUAAGUGUGGCCAAUACAACCGAAAGGAAUAUUAUAUUGAAUUAUUCUAACAUUAAUCAGUUUAAAGUAUAUAGAUUGGCAAAAAUAUGAUAAUGAAAAGGCAAUACUUUAAUAAAAUUCACACAUUUAAAAGCGGACGCUACACGUGGCUAAAAUUAAGUCAAUUAAAGAUAUUCAAAAAAGUAUUGAAAACGAAUAAAUACACUUUAGGCCUCUUUAUAUUGCUUGUGUCUGUGCAAUGGUUAUGAGUUUCGAUAACUAUCUAAUGUUCCGUCGUUCCACAUUAAUAUCAAGCGUACAUAUUAUUAUAUUUUUAUAUAAAUAUUUUAAUGUAAGAUAUAGAGUAGAAUGUUUUUAUUUUAAGGCUUAUACAUAAAGAAACAGACGGUCUAACAUGUGUUACCAAACGACUGUCUGAACAACAAAUUAGAAUAAUGGUUUAGUUAAGUUUUUGACUAUCAUUAACUUAGCCUAAUUAAUUGUAAGUAAUUUUUUUGUUACUUUUUAAGUAUUAACAACCAGUUUAUUUAUGUAUGAGUUGUAAAUAAAUGUGUUGGAAGAAACAAUUGUGAAUCGAAACUACAUACAAUUUAUUCUGUGAUAUUAAAGUACCAACUGUUUGUAUCUAACGAGAAAUAAAGGUUUAUGUAUAAAGUGUACAUAAUAUAUUCGAAUUGGUACAUUGUAUUUACACAUUUAUUUACAUAGCCAUUCUCUUACGAUAUUAAUGUGGAGCAACAAAAAUGUAAUUUAUCUAAAAUUGAGAUGUUUUGAAAUAUUAAAAUUUCUCUAUGUAGGCAGACCCAUUGCACGAAUUACAAUAUUGUUGAUUAAAUAAUAUAUUUAUUUAUUACACUGCCAGUCUGCAUUUUAAAGCCACUAUAAAAACGGAGUUAUUGUAUUAAAAGAUAACUUAGUGGCUCUUUAUAAUAUGUAUCACAUACAAGUAUUUUUAUAAACACAAUAAGUUGUUUCUUCUCCACUCAAAUAUUUAUUAAUUCAUGAGCUAUUUAAUAAUAUCGUACUUUAAUUAUCGUCAAAUGAAAUUCUAAUAUAACUUUUACCAGUUUUAUAUGUAAGCAAAUUUUGAGAAUUUUUGCCAUCAAUGACUCAACAAUUUUAAACUAUUUAAGAUUUUUAGAAAUUCAUUUAUAGAAUUAGUAAAAUUACCAGUUGUAUUUUGAAUUUCUUUAAAUAGCAAAUGAAUGUAAGCCAAUUUGUUUUUACUUUCGUGACCAAUAAUUUUAAAUAUGUAUUUAGAUUUUAAGAUGUUUCAAGUAGUGGUAAGUGAAGAUGUUCGUAUUUUUUCUACAUCUUCGUAAUUCUGUGAUUAUUGAUUUUUGUUGUAGUAUCUGUGUAUGUAUGGAUAUUAAAUCCCUUCGUAAUUGCAUGAAAAUGAAUGUAGGUUGGAAAAUAAAUGUUAUUUUUUUA